CACUUUUUCUUGAUCUGUUUCUGCAAUCUGUAUGCCAAAGUUCUUGAAUUUGUGAGUUUUCCUUGAUUGGGUUCGCUUUGUUCUCAUGCCUAGAUCAAUCAUGGGCCAAUUUCUUUUGUUGGGAUUUCGAUGUAUAAUCAGAGUUUUCUUUGCAUUCGUCAAUGGAAGUGAUUUUUUGUCGGGGCAAAAGUGUUCUUUGAAUCUCAUCAUUUAAACCCAAGUAGUCGAUUGCCAAUCAAUGGAAAAUUGGGUAAUUUAGGAACUUGAGAGAUACAUGUAUGAAUAAGUUAUAGAUUACUUCAUUAGGAUUUGUAAAAUAAGCCUCGUACGCUUCAUAUUAUGUAUCAAGUGAACAAGGUAUGUUUUGUUUAACCAGGAAAUUGUAUUAAGAGGAAAACAAAUUGGAGUCUUGACAUGCUGAUAAUAGCUUAUGAACAUUCAUAGUUGAACAAAUCAGGUCAUCUAUCUCUCAGAAAUCAGACAUGAGGUAGAAAGGCAAACAAUUACUAUUAGGUUGGAUUGUUGGAAUUGUUUUAAACGCUGAUGUGUUUAAUGUCAAUAUUACCGGCAAUAUUCACCUAGUACUCUGACCCAUUUGCCUUUAGGUCUGGUUGACUAGUUCUCAUUGCAAAAGGAGCGACUAAUAAAGUUUAGUGAGAAAAUUUGGUGCAAGGGAGAAUGGUCUUUGAUAAUAGAGGUUUAUGGGAGAAACAAACACAUUACUAUGGAACAGAACUUCUUUGAGCAUCAGGGACACUUCGAGUCAGAUGGAGAUGUUUCAGUCAAGAAGUGGAAAUCUAUGCCGCUCCCUUCUACAGUCUCAGACAAUGAUAGUGGCUGCUUUGAGUGCAACAUAUGCUUAGAUUCAGCGCAUGAACCUGUGGUGACACUCUGUGGUCACCUGUACUGCUGGCCUUGUAUUUACAAAUGGCUUCAGGUUCCAAAUACUUCUGAUGAACCAAACCAGCUGCAGCAAACAUGUCCUGUUUGUAAGGCUAAUAUAUCCCCAUCCUCAGUGGUUCCCCUCUAUGGCCGUGGUACAGGUUCAAAGGGAAAGAAACCCAAUCUGGGUCUGGUCGUUCCACGUAGACCAUUACCUAGGCUGGACACUUCAUCUACUAGCCCUACAUCACCUUCAAGACAGCAACUUCAUUCAAAUUACUUCCAUACACAAACUUAUCCACAGUCGGUUUAUGAUCAAAACAGCCCUAAUUCUGAUGGAGGUUAUGCCACAAGUUCAGAUUAUCUCGGCAGUACAAUGUUGACACAUCUAUCCAAUCCAACGAUAGGAAUGGUGGGAGAAUUUGUGUUUGCAAGGAUGUUUGGCAGUUCAGACACAAAUUUGUUUCCUCAUCCUUACUUUAAUUCAUACCCGUCCAGCAGUCCUAGGAUGAGGAGGCAGGAAGUUCAGCUUGACAAAUCUCUUAAUAGAGUCACAAUCUUCCUCUUCUGUUGCUUUAUGCUGUGUCUUCUCUUGUUCUGAACAUAUUCUUUGGUAGGUUUGCUGAUGUACAGUUGUAAGAAAUGGCUAUCCAUUUAGAUUAGACAUACUUUUAGAGAUUUUGCACGAAUCACCCUUGUAUGAUUGGAGACUUCUGUGCAUAUAAUUUCAGAAUUUCUAAUGCUAAAUUUUUUAUUUCUUUCUUAUUA